ACGAUUAUCAUACAGUUGGUUUAAAGAUUAUUUUCAUCACAAGUUGAUAUAUGUUGAAGAUCCCAAUGUGUCAUUGGAUAAAAAAAUUUAAUACCUAACCUUAACCAUCAACUGUAAAUCAUAAUCCUAAUUCCUCACAUAGGUUUAUAAUCCUCAUUUAGCCCUAUUAAUUAGGCGGGCAUUCUCUAGGUCGUCCAUAAUAUGUAGUCUCAGUAGAAAGUCAUAUCGUUUCAUUUGCAACUCGUAAGCAAAUUUCAUUCCCAUUUUGACAUGUGUUUUGACUGAUACUUGUACUAAGUGAUACGAUACUGAAUCAUAAUAUUAAUAAUCAUAUCUAAUGGAUGCUAGUUAUUUUUCACACUUGUGCAAAAAUUGUUUCUGUAAAUCCGUGACUAAAUGUUGGAAUUAUCAGCUUGUUGCUUAGAUUCCACAUAAACACUGUUUGAUAUCGUAUGAGUAGAACAAACCUAUCAAUUAACUUUAGCUGUUUUUUUACUAUCAAGCUUAGUAAAAGAAUGUUUCUUUUACUGAACGUCAAGGCUUUCUUUUUCUAAAUUUCAGGAGCGUGAAUUGGAAGCUGUUUACAUGAUAUUAUUAUCGAGUCAAGCUACAAUUUUAAUGAAAAGUCUUUCAAUAGACUUUUGGGAUAUUCCAUCUAUUUCAGAUUGUGAUGCUCCUUCGUUUCAGCCUAGACCAUAUGGUCAAUUGUUUUAUCGCCUUCUUAUUAGUCUAGCAGAAUUACCAAAAUGGAAAAAUUUAUUAUUCUAUUCAUUGGAAACAGAUGUAGAAGGAAAGAGUAAAUUUUUAUUAACUGGAAAUUUCUCAGAAAAUGGUGAUAUUCAAUUAAGUGAAUAUGCAAAAUUUGUAGCAAAACAAGGUCUAUUAAGCGGUUUAUUUCCAAAUACAUUUCGUACAUUUCAAAAUAAAACUAUCAAUAUUUCAACAUCAUUUGAUCCACCAUACAUUGUACGUGGUCAAAUAACUAAAGACAAUGAAUUACUCAAUGCAGAGGGUUUAAUUAUAGAUAUAUUAAAUGAAUUUUCACUUCGACUUCAAUUUCGUUACCGACUUUUCCUCCCACCUGACGGAGAAUAUGGAGUGAAAAUUACAAAUACAACAUGGAAUGGUAUGAUUGGUGAAUUACUAGCUGGAAGAACUGAUAUUAUAGCUGCACCAUUAACAAUAAAUAAAGAAAGAUCACAAGAUCUUUUCUUUAUUGGACCAUUUAUGGAAGAUACUCUAGGGAUUUUAUUAAAUAUUCCCGAACAAAAUGAAGAAUUAUUUCAAAUGUUUCUACCGUUUCGUUAUGAUAUUUGGUUAUGUUUAAUUGGUUCAAUAUUUAUAGCAGCUUUCCUAAUAACAAUAUUUAGUAUAAUCAGUCCAUUCAGUGCAUGGAAUUUGGCUUUGCCAGGUGCUACUUCUGAUGAGGUUUCAAUAUACCACAGUGUUUGGUUCACAGUUGGUGGUAUGCUUAUGCAAGGACAAGAACUGCGUGCCAUCGCUUGCUCUGCAAGGACAGUAACACUUCUUUAUUGGCUUUUAGUUUUGGUGAUUCAAGCCACUUGGCAGGCUGAUUUGACAGCUUUUUUAACUAGGAAUACAAUACAAAUACCUGUAUCGUCGUUAGAAGAUCUUGCAACUUCAGGAUUAUCAUUGGGAGCUAUUAAAAACAGUGGUACAGUAAAAAUGAUACAGGUUUGUUUCUUUUUAACAUAUUUUCGGGUAACCUAAUAUUUAUUGUUUCUUUUUAUGGUAUACUUCAAACCAGACAGAAGCAAAUUUGUGUGUCAUCAAAUUGAAGUUAUCACAUACAGAAUAACAGGUCGUCGUAAUUCGUCGAAGUUUAAAAAAAUACGUUUUCUAAAAAUCUAACUUAUUCAUAACUUGUUUUAUUGACCGUUUAUGUUUUAAUAGUGAUAAUAUAUAAUAGUGAUUUUAGUUUGUUAUCUUAUAAGUAUGCGGAUUUUAGCAUUUGAGAGUUGAAAUUACGGGUCGAUCAAAGCUAGACCACAACUGAAAACCUAGAAGCACUGGACACUUGUUCGUCCUAGUAUGGGACUCCUCAGAAGCACACAUCCAUGAUCCCGCAUGGGAACUCGGACUCAGAGUCUGGAGGUUAAACGGUCGCUUGCGAAACUGAAGGUGUUGGGCUCGAGUCCAACAUGCAGAAUUGUGGAUGUGCCCGGCUGAGGAGUUCGACACUAGAAUGAAACGUCCAUCUCGUGCCUUCAGUUUUUCAGUGGUAAUCUAGCUUAAACCGACUCGUGACCUUCACUUGUAUUUCAAUUGCUUGUCUUGAUACUAAUUAAUCACUCAUUACACAGUAUUUAGAAAUAAUUGCAAUUCCAACAACAAUGACAGGUUGUGUAUAUAUCUUAAAAUGAACCGUAACCUUUAUUCUGAGAAGUGAGAAUGAAUACGAUUUGUCAAGGUUUGUGAUUUCUCUUUGUUGUUAUUAACGACUAAAUGUGAUCAGUCCCUGUUGGAAUAUCCCAAUACCAUACUUGUUUGCGGCUAUCGCAUCUUGAUAGCCUGGUAGAUAAUGCUCUGGAGUUUAAAGCGAUAAGUACCGCGAUUGAAUUUAAGUGUAGAUAUCAACACUGAGAUCCCGGUAAACACCAAAUAGGAAGUAAAUAUGGGUCCUAAAUUUAACUCGUAGCCAAUAAUAAAGGAGAAAACGGUGAUUUCAUAUUAUGAGAAGAUAAAAAGUAAAUGUACUUUAUUGAUGAGUGUGCAUUUUCCUCUGGUUAACUGUUGAUUAUGUUGUAUUAACAAUAGUACAUUUGGUAUGUACCUCUUUUCGUAAACAUUUUUGUCUUUCAGAGUGCAACUUCCAGUGAAUAUUACUCAAUAGUAUAUGAAAAAAUUAUGAAAAAUCCAGUUAUCCUUAAAAACAUUAAUGAUAGUAUAGCGUACGUCCGCAACAGUACUAAAAAUGUUGUACUAGAUGACAGAAUACAAUUAAUGCAUAAUUUACCUGACAAUGAGGAAACUUUGACAGUUGUUGAUGAUAAGAAAGUUAUAGUACCAUUUGGAUUCGCUGUAAGGUUAGGUGAAGAAUACGCUCCACUGAUGCUUAAUUUUAUGUCAAUUCUUCGGGAAAGAGGAGUUAUUGAUCACUUACUUGAGAAAUGGAAUGUUGAAAAAGUAAAAAGUACCUCAAAUACAGCCACUUUCAAUUUAAUUACAUUGUACAAUAUAUCUGGUGCUUUUAUUGUACUUUCUGUAUUCGUUGUAACAAGCCUAAUUGUUUUAAUCAUUGAAAUAAAAUGGCAUAAAUAUUCAUUAAAGAAAGAGAAACUUCAUCCCAAAUCAAAAAAUUCUUCUGAUGGUCAUCCAUCCUUAUUGAGACGCUUCACACAUCCGAAAGAUGAAAUACCUAAACCGAAAUUAGACUUAUCUCGUAAUCCUACAUUGAAACAGUUAAGAUAUGCUGGACAUAGAAGAGCUUCGGCAGCAUUCGACGCUACAGUCAUCGCAGCUGAAAAUCAAACCGAAUCCAAUUUAGAAUAAAUGAUGAUUUAAUUAUGUGAUUCAAACUUCAUAUUACAAUUCAUGAUUAUAAUUUAAAAAUAAGUCAUCUACAGUAGGUCUUUUUGUAGUACACACAAAUUUAUAUAUUGUAGUGAUAAAUAUGCACCAAUUUUGAAAUUAUUAUGUUUAACAUUAACAUAGAAAAGCUGCAUAUAUAAAUAUGACUAGUAAUUAUAGUUUUGCUAUUCUGUUUACUCAUUAUUCAGAAAUAAAAGUAAAGAUCAUAAUGAAAUUUUCUAUCAUAAAUGGGUAUUUAGUAGUCGGUCUAGUAAAUAAAUUUCAACGUAUGAUCCGUGCAACUUAAAGGAUGCAAAUUCGAAAACAACAGGUGGAUAAUUCCUGAAAUUUAAUUCCUUAUGAUUACCAGGAGGUUAUUUUUGGUAAUAUUGAUUCAUCUUCUCAUUACGUUAUCAGGAUUAUAUACCGUUAAUAUUUUCUCAAAGAACUAAUGCUUUGAAACUUGCAGAUCUAACCUCAUAAGUUGUCAUAGUAUGCUUCUGAUUCAUAAUGAAUUAUUGGAUGGGACCACGAGGCAUUCUUGUUGAGAAUAUGGGACGAUGAGUCAUAGAAACUAUGUUUAUAUCCAAGAUGUUUAUACAAAACAUCUAUCUAAUUAAUGGUCAUACGCUUGUUAUUGACUAGCUUCGUGAUGUAUUUCUCAAAGUCAUGAUGGGAAGCUGUGGAUUGUAAAGUCAAACAAAUCGGGUGUGAGCUAACUGCUGUCUCGCCAUUUCACAAAAUGUAGACAAAUUGAUUCUGAUUCAGGGAUUUGGAAGGGCUAUACUCACUGUAAAACGUUUCUCUUGCAGUCGUUGAUGUAUAUUGCUAUAAAGCCCCUAAAUAGGAUGAAACGGUUGUCCAGUACUCCUUUGAUUCUUCCAAUCUCCUCAAGUGCAUACCAAACAUUCCCUCAAACUAUUGUCAAAUUAUAUAAAAUAUCUAAUCACAAUUUACAGUAACCUCAUACUUAUUUCACCUUUUAAUUUGCCACAAUAUAAAUCACAAACAAAUCACAGGUUAUUGUGAUGGGGAGUUCAAGACAUAAUAAAUAAUUGUCAGUCUAUAAUUUCCAUUUCUUUAUCAGCUAGUGUAAACCAGUUUUUUGAAUUUAAUGAAUAGAGUUAGAAUACUUGUUGGUUGGUGCAAUUUAUUUCUACUUGUUUUACUGAAAAAUGUAAUCUACACUCUAACUUCUGUUUGUUUACAGAGAAGACAUCUGUCGAAGAAUCAAUUAUGAAUAACUAUUGAUAAUUAAUACAAUAUUCCGUCAAAAUAACAAAUAUUAUGAGUACCCCAUAUUGUUAAUUUACAUCAAGUGUCUAUGUAUUACAGCCUUACUUACUUACUUAAUUACGCCUGUAACUCCUCGUGAAGGAGCAUAGGCCGCUCACCAGCAUUCUCCAUCCAACCCCGUCCUGGGCAAUCCUUUCCAGCUCCUUCCAGUUCCUAUUCAUCCUUUUCAUAUCUGAUUCUAUUUCCCGACGCAGUGUGUUCCUUGACCUUCCUCUUUUCCACUUCCCUUCAAGAUUCCAAGUUAGGGCUUGCAUCGUGAUGCAGUUUGGUGAUUUGCGUAAUGUAUGUCCUAUCCAUUUCCAUCGUCUUUUACUAAUUUCUUCUUCAGAUGGAAGUUGACUUGUUCUUUCCCACAGAAGGCUGUUACUGAUGGUAUCCGGCCAAUGGAUGUUGAGUAUCCUGCGUAGACAACUAUUUAUAAAUACUUGUAGCUUCUUGAUGGUGGUUGUUGUAGUUCUCCAAGUUUCAGCUCCAUACAGUAGAACUGCCUUGACAUUCGUAUUGAAGAUUCUCAUUUUGAUAUUGGUUGACAAACGGUUGCUUUGAGUUCCAUAUGUUCUUCAGUUGUAGGAAUGUGGCCCUUGCUUUGCCAAUCCUCGCCUUUACGUCUGCAUCUGAACCUCCUUGUUCAUCGAUGAUGCUUUCCAGGUAUAUGAGGGAUUCUACAUCUUCCAGAGUUUCGCCAUCAAGUGUGAUUGGAUUGCUGUUUUCCGUUUUGAAUUUGAGGUCCUUGGUUUUCCCCUUGUGUAUACUGAAGCCUACUGAUGCAGAGACUGCUGCUACACUGGCUGUCUUUAUCUGCAUCUGUUUGUGUUUACGCGAUAGGAGGGCUAGUUCAUCUGCGAAAACCAAAUCGUCUAAUUGGUUCUGAGCUGUCCAUUGUAUGCUGUGUUUUCUCUCAGAUGUCGAGGUCUUCAUAAUCCAGUCGAUCACCAGAAGAAAGAGGAAGGGAGAGAGUAGGUAGUCUUGUCUGACUCCGGUCCUUUCUUGGAGUGCGUCUGUCAGCUGUCCUCCAUGCACGACCUUGCACUGUAAUCCGUCGUAUGAGUUCCGGAUAAUAUUGGCAAUCUUCUCAGGAACUCCGUAGUGUCGAACAAGUUUCCAUAACGUUCUCCUAUCUACACUGUCAAACGUCUUUUCAUAAUCAAUGAAGUUGAUGGAUAGUGACGAGUUCCACUCAACUGAUUGUUCAACGAUGAUCCGUAGUGUUGCAAUUUGGUCUGUGCAUGACCGAUCCUUACGGAAUCCAGCUUGUUGAUCUCAAAGUUGAUCGUCUACUGCAUCUUUCAUCCGGUUCAGCAACACUCUGUCAAAGACUUUCCCUGGUACUGACAGUAGUGUAAUGCCUCUGUAGUUUUCACAUUUGUUCAGAUCUCCUUUCUUUGGAAUCUUGAUGAGGUGUCCUUCUUUCCAAUCCAUCGGCACUUGUUCCUCCUCCUAAAUCUUUUUGAAUAGAAAGUAAAGCAUGCUUGUGGAUACUUCGAUGUCUGACUUCAGUACUUCAGCUGGUAUGUUGUCGGGUCAUGCUGAUUUCCCGUUCUUGAUUUGUCUGAUGGCCUUUCUGAUUUCUUCCGUCGUUGGUGGAUUGACAUCUAUAGGAAGAUCUGUGUGUGCUGCUUCGAUGUCCGGUGGAUUCAUUGGGGCCGGCCUAUUCAGGAGUUCCUCGAAGUAUUCUACCAAUCUGUUCCGCUGUUGUUGAAUUUCAGUGAUUAGUCUGUCUUCUUUGUCUUUGACCGGUCUCUCUGGUUUACUGUAUUUCCCUGCUAGUUACUUCGUUGUAUCGUAAAGCUGUUUCAUAUUUCCUUCUCUAGCAGCUUUUUCCGCCGUCCUUGCUAAUUCUUCCACGUAUUUCUUCC